AUGGAUGUCAGUGUUACAGUGAUGGAUUCCAGUGUGAUGAAGGUCAGUGUGGUAGUGAUGAAGGUCAGUGUGAUAGUGAUAGAGGGCUGUCUCCAAUACACCCUACCCUCUACCCCCUCUCCCCCCUCUCCCCCUCUCUCUGCCUCAGGGCUGUCUCUAAUACACCCUACCCUCUACCCCCUCUCCCCCCUCCCCCCCUCUGCCUCAGAGUUCACAGGCAUCCUACACACGCUCUACUGGGGCAAGAUGAAUGACUCAUUAGAAUACACAGAGAAAUGCCAAACCUCCUCACCUGAACCAACCAAGCAGACUGAAACCUCCCCACCUGAACCAACCAAGCAGACUGAAACCUCCUCACCUGAACCAACCAAGCAGACUGAAACAUUCCCACCUGAACCAACCAAGCAGACUGAAACCUCCUCACCUGAACCAACCAAGCAGACUGAAACCUCCCCACCUGAACCAACCAAGCAGACUGAAACCUCCUCACCUGAACCAACCAAGCAGACUGAAACCUCCCCACCUGAACCAACCAAGCAGACUGAAACCUCCCCACCUGAACCAACCAAGCAGACUGAAACCUCCCCACCUGAACCAACCAAGCAGACUGAAACCUCCUCACCUGAACCAACCAAGCAGACUGAAACCUCCCCACCUGAACCAACCAAGCAGACUGAAACAUACCCACCUGAACCAACCAAGCAGACUGAAACCUCCCCACCUGAACCAACCAAGCAGACUGAAACCUCCUCACCUGAACCAACCAAGCAGACUGAAACCUCCCCACCUGAACCAACCAAGCAGACUGAAACCUCCCCACCUGAACCAACCAAGCAGACUGAAACAUUCCCACCUGAACCAACCAAGCAGACUGAAACAUACCCACCUGAACCAACCAAGCAGACUGAAACCUCCCCACCUGAACCAACCAAGCAGACUGAAACCUCCCCACCUGAACCAACCAAGCAGACUCAAACCUACCCAUUUGAACUAACGAAGCAGACUGAAAUCUCCCCACCUGAACCAACCAAGCAGACUGAAUAG